AGGCCUGGUACGGCCGGGUCGAGGCGAUGGGACGCCGACGGCCGUCAGAACGGCGUCGCGACGCGAGCCUUUUGCGUCCGUCGGCCUCUGUACUACUAGUGCCAGCCUAUAUAUAUAUAGAAAGAGAAAGAAAGAAUAGAACGAAAAAUUCAACAAAUAAAUAAAAUAAUCGUCUUCGAGAAUUCGUGAAAAUUCGCCCAUAAGUUUAUUCGUUCUCUCUGUCGUGUCAUUUUGGAAUCGUCGAUUUUCGAGAGGUCCGUUCGCUCUCCUACGGGAUCUCCCUUCGUCGCGGUUUUUAUCGAGUAUAAAUAACGAAGCAAGAGAAGAAGAAGAGGAAGAAGAAGUAAAAGAAGGAGAAAAAGAAGAAGAAGAAGAAGAAGAAGGAGAAAAAGACGAAGAAGAGAAAGAAGAAAAAAAAGGGUUUGUGUAAAAAAGGCGAGUGGGAGUUUUGACAGACUUCAUUGGAAUCUUUGAAAGUAGAUUCGAUCUGUGUGAUCUCGUCGAGAGAAAGAGAGAGAGACAGAUAGAAAGACAGAGAGAGAAAGAGAGAGAGAGAAAGAGAGAGAGAGACAGAGAGAGAGAGAGAGAGAGAGAGAGAGAGAGAGGAAGAGUGUGUGUGUAAGCGGGAAAGAGCCAACUCAGACGACGUAACAGAAAAAAAAAAAACAUAGUAAUAUUUUCUGCGAUAAACUUGAAGGAGUUACUCAAAGUGGAAUCAUCGAGAUGCGGUGAUGGCUCUACUUUACAGAUUCGUGCAACUGCCAGAUCGCAGCGGCACACGGGUUUUUUCAUUUGUCGUCACCCGAAGUGUCGUACGCGAUCCAGAAAGAGACGUUACCAGCAAGGAACUCGUUUGUGGUUUCCAAAGAUGGGCAGUAGCCUUUUCACGGGGAGACAAGGUAUUAGGCGUAUAUCUGGUAUGGCGAGGUGCAUCACGAAAUCUUCGAGUUUACGUCGACUUUACGUUCACGCUGUUGAACCGAGAACACUUUUCGAUGAACGAGGGUUUCUCAGGGAAACGAGUUAAAUUCACGUACGAAUUACCAGCUCAGGGAAAUCGCAACUAUAUACCAGUAUCAGACCUUUACACUCGCAACUUUGCUGACACGAAUGGCGAAUUUCAGUUGGAAUUGUCAAUGGCGAAUGUACGUACGGUAUACAUGACAGAAGUUAGAAUGCCAACCGGGGUCUUCUCGACGGGUCAACCAAAGUCGAAUAAACUUGAGACCGAUUGCUUUACAUUUGGUGGUUUUGAUUGGAGCGUCGUUAUCUAUCCUUAUGGGAAUAAAGAAGCAGAGGGUUGCCGGGGUCAAGAAAAUCGCGUGAGCGUUUAUUUGAUGAGACUCACGGGAUUCGAUCAUCGGUGCAGAGUAAGAUACAGCGUGGCAUUGGGCGAAGGUGAUCGUAGAAUCGACUCUGGCCAAAUAGAAGAUCUCUCAAAUGCUGAAGGUUACGGUUUUGGAUGGCAUCCAAGAGUUAGAUGGUCAGAAAUCGCUCAUAAAGGUGUUCUUCGAGUCUCUCUUGAAAUGGUCGAAGCAAGAACGAUCUGCGAGGUAGCUGUACAAGCUCUUGGUCCACCUGCUUUGUCUCCUACUCCUUGCUACGAUCGUGACAAGCAAGCUUGGGUCGUACGAGCUGAUCUUCAUUCGGAAACGGUUAGACUCCACCUGAUCUAUAAAGAUAUCAAUCAUGUACCACGAAAUCAUCUGAGAUACGUAAAUUGGUCAGCUUAUUUAUUAAGAGGCGAGGAACCUGAUACGGUUGCGAUCGGUCUACCAGGUGCACCCUUCAGCCGUUAUUACGCUCAAGAAUCCGUUGACGAAGGUAUCAUUAUGGAAACGAAUUUAGACACGAACGAGAUCAAGGACAAUCACUGUCCAUUCCUUACGGAUAAGAAACAAUUAAAGAUUAGAUUGGAAUGGAACGAGAGCCACUUGCUCUUCCAAGCGACUUAUCACAAAUACGACGACGUCUGCCGUAUUCACAAUCAACAAAUGAGACGCGAGAUAGCAUCUCUACAAGCUGAAAACUAUAGCCUCGAGAGACAACUCUUUAGCUAUCAGAAGAGUCUCGCUUUUGCACAAGCUCAACAACAACAACAUCAACAACAACAACAACAACAACAACAACAGCAACAACAUCAACAACAACAGCAACAACAGAGUCAAACACGGCAUACCAGCCAUCAAGCUCAUCUCGAGAGAUCAACAUCCACUGAUACCGAAUACGCCUGACAAGUGGAUCUCGCUAAUGAAACGGCGAGUGGUGGCUGUAGACGUCAGUUGCCGGUCAUUCAAGAAAAUGAUCGCCGGGUUCAUCAGAAUCUUGUACGAAUGAUGGAUCGUCGAUUGAGUAACGUCCAAUUGCAGCAACAUCUUUACGAGGUUGAACAUCAGUCUCAGUUAAGGAAUAACAGCGAAUCGCCAAGGCAGAGCGUCGAUCGUACCGAUGAACACCGACGUAGUAUCGUUCAACAGCCAAAGAGAUCGAGCAUCGGUCGUUCGGACAGUACAUCCGAUCGUGGAACCGAUCUUUAUCAAGCUUAUUAUUUGGGUUACGUCGGACAAACAGCUCAUAAGCGACGUAGGACCACUUUGUGGGAAACUCUUACUGGAUUAGUUUGUUCCUUGGGUGCUUUGGCCACUAGAGCUGCAAAGAUGGCCGCUAGACGUGGAGAUCCUCUUUGAAAAAAGCAAUGAGAUAUUUUCGAGUCGUCUGCGUAUACAUAUAUAUAUAUAUAUAUAUAUAUAUAUAUAUAUAUAUAUAUACGAUAUGAAAACGAUCGAAUGAACUCGUAUCGAUCUUGAAUAAGAGUUCAAGAGUUAUCGGAAGAGAAAGUUAAAGAUUCACGAGAAUUUAUGAUUAUAUGAGAUAAAGAUCGGACGAUCGAAUUGUAUGUUCGGAGUUACACAAUGUGAAACACGUAGUAGAAUUAAAG